AUGUCGCGCGAGUCGGAAGAACGCCGGGCUGACGAUAUCGUCGUCCUCGAGAACGCCCCACACUUAUCCCUCGAUCUCAUCUCCGGCUCCCAUUCCGACGAGAAGAUAGACGAGGAGAAGGCCACCUCUCUCUCUGACAGCCCUCAUCAUCAGGUCAACGCUCUCCAAGCAGGCGAACGUCAAGCGGAAAUCAUCGGCGCUGAUGGUCAACCCAAGAUUGUCGUUUGGACACUGAAAGAGCAGAGGGCAGUAGUGAGGAAGGCUGACUUUUUUCUACUUCCCAUCUUUGCUCUGGGUUUCUUCUGGAUGGCUCUCGACCGCGCCAACAUCUCUGGCGUUCUGACCUCAACUAUACUCAAGGACACUGGCAUCACUCAGGACCAAAUCAACAUCGGCUCAUCUCUCUUGUGGCUCGGCGUCGUCCUCCUCGAAAUCCCAAGCAACGUCGUCUUGCAGCGCGUCGGACCUCAUCGCUGGAUCCCGAUCCAGAUCAUCAUCUGGGGGCUGGCCGAGACUCUGACUUACAAAGUCAGCUCCAAGGGUGGAUGGUAUGCUGCCAGGCUAUUCCUUGGACUCUUGGAGAGUGGUUUCAUUCCAGGUAGUCUCUAUGUCCUGUCCCAGUGGAUCUUCAUCAUCGACGGCGUUGCCACAAUCGCCACCGGCAUCCUCGCCCUCCUCUUCCUCCCCUCCUCCCCACGCCACACUGCCGGACUCUUCCGCGGAAAAGGGUGGCUCUCCGAACGUCAAGCUGACAUCUACCUCGCCCGUCUGGAAGCUGAUGACCCCCUCAAAUCGAAAGAUCUGCACUUGCAGAUAGGGCUAGGAGACAUAUGGAACGUGCUGGGGAAUUGGAGGUUGUGGCCGCAUUUGGUUAUGUGUCUUGCGGGUCUGCAGGCUGGGCAGGGGGCGGGGGCCUGGUCGGGGACGAUCUUGAAGAGUUUGGGGUUCACCUCUAUUAAAGCAAAUUUGCUCCUAGUCCCGGGCCCUAUAUUCAACGGUGUCAGCUCCAUCAUUCUAUCUCGUUUCAGCGACAGAUGGGACCGACGUGGAUGGUUCAUCCUAUUCUCCGCGGUGUGGACUCUUGCAGGUCUCAUCGCUCUCUAUAAACUCCCCAUUCUUUCAGGUGGUAAUUGGGGCUUCUAUGCCGCCAUGGUCGUCACUGCCGCUGCCCCCUCGUGGCAGUCAUUCAACGUCACUUGGGUAGCCCUCAACGCCCGUACCCCAGCGGAACGAUCCAUCACUUACGCCGUAUACAUCGGCUGCUCCAACCUCGGCGGCGUCUACGGCUCCCAAGUAUUCCGCGCCAGCGACGCCCCACUCUACCGCCGUGCUUGGGCAGCUACCGUCUCCCUCGGGGCUAUCUGGCUUGCAUUCACGUUAUUGCAGAUCAUUCAGUAUGAGUGGUCGAAUAGGGUGAAGGAGAGAGAGUGGAACAAGUUGAGUGAGGAGGAGCAGGAGGCGUACAAGGCGACGACGUCGAAUGAUACUAUUUCAAAGAGGUUGGAUGAGCGGUAUGCGUUGUAG